AUGGUUCUUCUCUGGAAGAAUUUUAUUUUAAAGAGGCGGCGAUGUAUUGCUUUAGUUGUGGAAAUGGUCCUCACAUUUCUGUUUAGUGCCGCACUUUUGGCAGUACGCUCUGUUAUUGUUAUAAAGAAGAACGGACCUUUUGAUUUCGCUGCUCAGCCUGUCGAUAAAGUGCCUUUCUACAUCACAGCUUCCUUAGCUUCUACUUUUCCUUUGGAAUUGGCUUAUGUGCCUUCCAGAAGUACGGUGGUUCAGGGUAUUAUCGAAAGAGUGAAAAUGGAUUUAAACCCCCAAAUGAAAGUUCUAGGCUUUUCCUCAGAAGAAGAAUUUGAAGAUUACGUUGAGGAAGGAAAUAACUCUGAAAAGGUUCUGGCCGCUAUUGUUUUUGACCAUGACUUCAAAAAUAGCAAUGAUCCCCUGCCACUGAAGGUAAAAUAUUACCUGCGUUUUAGUAAUGAAAAGAAGAGCAAUAUGCUGGAAAAUGUUUACGAAGAAGGAAGCUGGUUGACAGAUUUUCUCUUUCCACCUAUCCCUUCGGUGGGACCCAGAAACCAAGAUGAAAAUGGGGGGAGUCCUGGUAAGCAGAUCUUUAUUCUUAAUAUCCCAGUCAUACAGGACGAGCCAUUACAUAUUUAA